UCUACCUACCUGAAAAUAAUAUUGUGAGCUGGCAAUUAAUCAUCUAUUGUAGUUGCGAAAGAAGGACAUCAAGUUUUCAUUUAGGACGGGGAAGAACAAAGCAAACAUUCAGCAAAAGAGUCGACUCAGAGCUUCUCCAAAAAGCAAGAAAAGUGAUGAACGUGAUUUUACUGGUCAGCGUUGUUUUGAUGACAAUAUGCUUAGUGAAUGGCACACCUUUCAAGGGACCGUGGGACUUUGACGACCUGGCUCGGUACAACAGAGCAGUUCCUUCGAAUUACGAACCUGUGGGUUGUUUCAGUUCUGGGAAACUGAAAAAGGCGAAAGUAUUUGGCAAGAAGGGGUACAAGAAGAUUAAGGCCGGAGCAGAGAAACUUAUUGACCAGUGCAGUGAGAGCCAGGACUAUGCAAUCAUCGGAAUCCAGAAGAUAAAGAAAAACAUUUUGUGUUUAAAUGGAGACUUAGAAAAAUGGGAUCCAAAUAAUUUUAAAAUGCAGAACGAAAGCAAAUGUCCAGGUGGAGCCGGAUCGAAGAAGACAAUCUCCAUUUACAAAAAAAGCGUUAAUCCAGGGAUUAUAUCCGAUGGGAAGUGUAGAUAUGGCGACAAAGUAUUCAAUGAUGGAGAAGAAGCUCCAAUAUAUCACAAGACGGACGAUUAUUGUGAAUUGUGUGAGUGCAUAAAAGGAAACCUGACUGACUGCAUGCAUAUCAAAUGUGACACUGGAUUGUUGGGCUGUAAAGAAAUUGUUUAUCCAAAAGAACCAGGGGAGUGUUGUCCGAAAUGCAAAGCGGAACCUUCUAGGAGGAAGUGCCAUGGCAAGCAAUCUUGGUUGAGUUACGAAGAUGACAAGUGUUUGUUUUGCGAGUGCCAUGGGCAAGUUUCCGCGACCUGUCGCGUUGUCAAACCUAUGUGCCCAGCUGUAAGUUGCAAAGAGCCGGUAAUCCCCGACGGAACGUGCUGUCCAUAUUGCGAACCACAAACAACUCCUCCGCCAGUGUUUACAAUCAAGCCAACGGAGGAGAGACCAGAGCCAACCUUCCCUUUUCCUUUCUGAUGCGAAAUAAGAGGUGCAGAUGAUCCACGGGAAUUACUGUCUUAUAGAGGCUCCUCACCCUACGUUAACUAUUGUAUUCUGCAAAUGUUAUGUUCUUUUAUAGUAGUUACAACCAGAAAAAAAUUAAAAACGUUAAAACUCAA